AUGGUGCUUAUACCCAAUAGUAAACAACAUGUGAUCCAAUUUUGUAUUAAUGGUAUUCAUGACGUUUUCUACCACGAAGAUGAUUUCAGUAGCAGCGAAUAUGAUUUCAGUAGCAGCGACAGUGAUUUCAAUAUAAGCGACGAAGAAGACACAAUUAAGACUAAUGAAAAUAACAUUGCUCCCCAUUUCAAAGAUAUGGCUCUAGCAAUUAAGAAACGAGAUGUUAAUGGACUUCAAAUUGCCUUAGAUAAUUUUACUGGAGAUAUAGAUGAAUAUUCAAUAGAUGGAGAAACUGCUCUUCACUAUGCAUGUAAAUGUUAUAGUCGAAAAUCUUUUGAGUUACUAGUUGGAAGGGGUGCUAAUAUGGAGGCUAAAAAUAAAGUUGGAGACAUUCCUCUCCAUACUGCUUGUGAUAUUGGUUUGUUUAAUAUUGUUAAAUUUAUAUUCAAUAAUAUUAGUGAUGGAGAUAUUAGAAAGAGAAUGUUAAACUCAAUUGAUAGCGAUGGUUCAACGCCUAUGCAUAAAGCAGCUAGUGAAAAUAUCAAAAUUGUUGAACUAUUGUUAGAUAUUAUUAUUGAGACCGAUAAUUCAACUGGUAUAAGUAAAAUGAUACAAGCAGUUAAUACAUACGGUGAUACGCCUUUACAUGAAGCAGCAUUAUAUGGAAAAGUUAAAAUUGUAAAAUUAUUACUAGAAUUGGGUGCUUCUACUCAAACACGUAAUAAUGAUGGAAUGAUUGAUAUGGAUUCCUUCCAGUUUGAGAUGAAAAAUGAUAAGAACAACAGUGUAGAAGUCACCGACGAUUUACACGACAAGGAAAAAGACGAUGAUAACGAUAUUGGAUUUGGAGGACUGAACAUAUGA